CACUUUUAUCCUUUUUCAAUUAGCGACAUUACAAUCUAGGAUGACGUCCAACACUUUGGAUCAGGAAGAGCACAUGUAGGCUAAUGCUUAAAGUUGACAUGGGAGGGACUUUAGAACUUAUGAGCGGUGAACCAUACACAUAAUGGCGACGGGUCUUUUUUAACGUGUCGAGGAGAGAAUAGUAUUUGAAUCUUCAAGAACCGUUUGCAACCCAUGGUAUAACCAUAUCCACAAGCAGAAAGCGUGCCCAGAGAGAUUUUCAUCAAAUAGGCCUUAGGUGGCUCAUGUGUACUACAAACCGCACAGCUAUGCCAGGGUACCGUAGAGCUUUCAGGCGGUCGCAAUCAAUCUUCCACUGCAUGGCUCUUCCAUUACAACCCGAGGACGACCGGAUAAUAAGUCAUGCACCGGCAAAGGAAGCCUUCCUCGCCGCUGUCAUGAGAGCACACAUGACGCAAAAUGCGCAGAACGUAAACACUGCAGAGUUGGCGGUUGACUUUUCCUCAUCUGGCGUGCGAAAGUCUUGAUAGAUUCGGCGAAAGUUGGGAAACGCAGCCAUGAUGCAAAAGGCAUUCAGCACGACGGCUGACGAGCCCUUGCCGCUCCUUGAUCGUCGGCAACGUGCCCGGCGGUACGGUAGCUCUACUAAGCAUCGGAUCGUCAAGACUCGCUAACUGCCCAACGGUUUGUCAUUAGCGUUACUGCACUUGCAUCUCCCGUUGGAUAAUACAGCUGGGACCCGUGUCUUCCACGGUACAUGUCGAGUUUUGGGACGGACUCAACACUUUGGCAGAUUGGGGACGAUUUGAUUGUUCCACCUAUAUUCUCGGAAGAAAUACCACGAUCUCUACCAGAGGAGAAGCAACUCGAAAUGUCUGUGCAUCGUUCCGCUAAUCCGGAGCAGCAUUUCCUGGAGGUCGUUGACCACCGCACUGGGAAAAAGCACAUGAUUCCAGUGGAAGAAGAUACCAUCGACGCAAGCAUCUUUGCUCAACUUGGACUCUCUGUUUAUGACAAUGGCUAUUUGAACACGGCCGUCUGUCGGUCUUCCAUCAGCUAUAUUGAUGGUGAUAAGGGAAUACUCCGCUACAGAGGAUAUAACAUUGAGGAUCUGGCCAUGCAUUCAUCAUUUCUCGAGGUGUCCUACCUGCUCAUUUUCGGAGAUCUCCCUACAGCUGACCAAUUAAAUAUGUGGACGACCCGAAUCAUGCGACACACCUUUAUUCACGAAAACAUGAUUGAUUACUUGAGGAGCUUCCGGUAUGAUGCUCAUCCUAUGGGUAUGGUAACUUCAGCACUUGCGGCAAUGUCGACAUUCCAUCCGGAGGCCAACACGGCGCUGCAAGGGGAGCAUAUCUAUCAAAACGAGAAUAUGGUCAAUAAGCAAAUCUUUCGGUGUCUCGGCAAAGUUCCUACCCUGGCAGCAUGUGCCUAUCGGCACCGCAUUGGACGUGCCUACAACUCUCCAUCUAACGAGUUUGGAUAUACGGAAAACUUUCUUUACAUGUUGGAUCGUCUUUCAGAGAACAAUUAUGUACCGAACCCUCGACUUUCACGUGCAUUAGACAUUAUAUUUAUUUUACAUGCCGAUCAUGAGCUGAAUUGUAGUACAGCUGCGAUGCGACAAAUGACAUCAACGGGUGUUGACCCGUUUAUCUGCUUGACAGGGGCGGCUUCGGCAUUGUAUGGACCGUCACAUGGCGGAGCCAAUGAGGCCGCUUUGAAGAUGCUAGAAGAGAUCGGAUCUGUCGACCACAUUCCCGCUUUUAUUGAGGAGGUCAAAGCGAAAAAGCGGCGACUCAUGGGUUUCGGACACCGUGUAUACAAGAGCUAUGACCCUCGUGCCAAGAUCCUGAAGCAGAUUGCGGAUGAGGUGUUUGAAAUAAUGGGUCGCAAUAACUUGAUUGACGUUGCGAUUGAACUUGAGAGAAUUGCUCUUAGUGAUGAAUACUUUAUCAAGCGAAACCUAUAUCCAAACGUGGAUUUCUAUAGUGGAAUUAUUUAUAAAGCAAUGGGCUUCCCGACUGAUUUCUUCCCCGUACUCUUCUGCAUUGCCCGGACUGCUGGAUGGCUAGCACACUGGCACGAACAGCUACAGAACCCCAUUCCCAUUUUCCGGCCAAAGCAGGCGUAUGAGGGAGAAGAACCCAGAAAUUAUGUCCCCAUUGACGAACGCGUAGCGCAAGAGUCGUCUCCUCUUGACCUGCAAGAGAAGUAUCUUCUACGCAAGAACCUUCCACCUAUGAAGGAAGAGCGAGAUAUAUAAGGACUAUGCGACAUGCCAAGUAUUUUUUCGUACUCCUCUGUUGCGGCAGGCAAGCGCGCAAGGACUUGAUACAACUCAUCGACGGGCUUAAAGUCCUUGUAUCCUACUUGUUGGUACCCAACCAUUUCACUUAUGACUCCACUGAUCAUGAGCCGUUUGGUAAAGUUUAUUCGGGGGCCAAUGUUGUCGGGAUUUCCAUCUUCCAUGUAGGUUACUGUUUGAUGGAAUGUUAGAAUUGCGGGAAAGUGCAGUUGUGUAAUGUAUAGAUAACUUACAAUCGAUUAAAUACACGCCUGGGAUGGAAUGAUAAUAAAGAUGAUGAGUGAAAUGGUCAGU